AAAUAUAAGAGUAAUGAUUGUCUUUUCUGUUUUUGUAAGACUUAUAGUUCACUUAUAUCCUUUCUCUUAUGAAUGAAAGCAGUAGAUGGGAAUAUAUGCGGGUCUAUGUUUUGCUUCAGUUUGGGCUUAGAUGUGGUUCUGCCUACUUGUAUAAUAUGCGUUACAAUUGAUAGUUACAUAAUUGUAUUUACAUUGUUUUCUUUGUUCUGAGUGAUUAUUUCAGGUAUGGAUGUGGCACAUUGCUAUCUAGAUGGCAAUGCUGAUGCGGUUGAGUUUUGCCCACAUCAAUCCUUCCACCAUCUUCUAGCUGCUUCAACAUACACAUUACAAGAGGGUGUUCAGCCGAGUCGGUCAGGAAGCAUAUCCCUUUUCUCUGUCGAUGCCAAUGCUUGCAGUCUUAACUUGCUCCAUCGUGUAGAAACUGCUGGCAUCUUUGAUAUAAAAUGGAGCCCCAUCGAAAUUGGUGCGGGUCCCCUGUUAGGGCAAGCUGAUGCUGAUGGUUACCUGAGACUUCAUAGUUUGGAACACAGUUUGGAUGGACCAGAAACUAGAGGGCAUGUUCUGAGAGAAGUUGGUGGAGAAAAUGUUAGUUCUUCGAUGUGCCUGUGCCUAGACUGGAAUGCAUCAGCCUCAUCCAUCUCCCUUGGGAUUUCAGAUGGUUCCAUCUCAGUAGUCACCCUUGGAGAGGCCCAACUACAGAAACAACAAGCUUGGCAGGCACAUGAAUUUGAGGUCUGGGCUACAUCUUUCGAUAUCCAUCAACCACAAUUGGUGUACUCUGGCUCGGAUGACUGUAAAUUCAGUUGUUGGGAUUUGCGGGAGAACCCUUCACAGUUGGUGUUUCAAAAUACCAGAAUUCAUAAGAUGGGUGUUUGUUGCAUUACAAACAGUUCCAGGGAUUGCAAUACAGUGCUCACUGGGAGCUAUGAUGAGUACCUUAGGGUUUGGGAUUUACGAUCAAUAUCUAAGCCUCUAAAUGAGAUCGCAAUUGGUUUAGGAGGAGGAGUUUGGAGAAUAAAGCAGCACCCUUCAGUUCCAGACUUGAUAUUAGCUGCAUGUAUGCACAAUGGAUUUGCAAUUGUGAAAGUUAGAGAGGAAAGUGCUGAAUUAGUGGAGACAUAUGUCAAGCAUGACUCUCUGGCAUACGGAGCAGAUUGGCAACGCGGAGAAUCAAGUGAUAAAAGUGGAAGAGGAAAAGGGUCCUCCACAGUAGCUACUUGUUCAUUUUAUGAUCGCCUUCUUCGAAUUUGGAUGCCUAAAACUCAGAUGGUUACAUGACUUAAAAUGCAUGAUGUUCCUCAAUAUAUCUUUGGUUCGGUAUGCCGUGUCUUUUUCUGGAACUUCAUCCAUUUCUCAUUAGG